AUAAUUUUUAUGUUUGUUUUCAUUUUAACGUUUUUUAAAAUGGCAGCAGCAGUUGUCUAAUCGUAAGUGUCUAGCAUUUUGGUUUUAUUUAAUUCAGAAAAAUUGUUGAAACAAAAGCAAUAUUGCUUGUAAUAUAGCCACUGUGUUUGUUUUUAAGUGAUUGUACCAAAUAAGUAAUUACCUUGAGUGUAUUUGUGUAUAAUGAGUGCAUAAACUAGUGAAGGAAUUGUGUAGUGCAGUAUCCGCAUAUGUAUAAAACAUAUAUAGUGUACAUGCAUGAAUAAUGAAGCAAAAAAAUAGCUUCUUUUGAUAUGAUAAAAGAUAUUGCAACUAUUUUAAAAAUGUAGAGCUCCAAUAAACAGCAUCUACUUAAACCAAUUACAAAUUCAAGUAAAAAAACUGCACCUGUACAGUCAUAGUGUACAAAUAAUAUUAAACACCCACUUGUUGUGUGGGAUUUUAAUAAUGAUUUUUAAAACGUAUAUUCUUUAACUAUUUGUAAAUUGUUAUAAAUAUAUAUCAUUUACAUUCAAAAUGAGUAUCAUAAGUGCAGCAGAGUUUAUCAAGGAUCGAUUUUACUUUGUUACAUUCAAAACUGAAGAGAAACCAAAGUCAAACACAUUGACCCAUUACUUUAGUAUUGAUGAAGACCUUGUUUAUGAGAGCUUUUUCUGUGAUUUUGGUCCAUUAAAUUUGGCUAUGCUUUAUCAUUAUUGCUGCAAAGUUAAUAAGAAGUUGAAAUCUACUGCUUUGCUUAAGAAGAGGAUAAUGCAUUAUACCAGUUGUAAUAAGCAAAAAAGAGUCAAUGCAGCAUUUUUAGCAGCUUCGUAUGCUAUUUUAUACUUGGAUUAUACACCAAAGAAAGCUUAUGAUGUGUUACGUGUAAAUAACUUUGAGCCAUUUAUUGAGUUCAGGGAUGCAUCUCUUGGUGUUCCUUACAACAUAAGCCUUAUGGAUUGCUUAAGUGCCGUCAAGAAAGCUCAUGAUUUGGGUUUUUUCGAUUUUGAGAAUUUUGAUUUUCUGGAAUAUGAACACUAUGAGAGGGUGGAGAAUGGAGAUUUAAACUGGAUAGUCCCAAACAAGUUUAUAGGUUUCUGUGGGCCACAUAAUAAAUCAAAAAUUGAUAAUGGUUAUCCCUUACAUUCACCAGAAACUUACUUCUCUUACUUUCGCCGUCACAACGUUACAACAAUUAUUAGGCUUAACAAAAAAGUUUAUGAUGCAAAUAAAUUUAUUAAUGCAGGAUUUGACCAUAAGGAUUUGUACUUCAUUGAUGGUAGUACUCCCAGUGAUCGCAUAUUAAGGCAGUUUAUUGAAAUUUGUGAAAAAACUGAUGGUGCUGUAGCUGUACACUGCAAAGCUGGACUUGGCAGAACUGGAUCACUCAUUGGUUGCUACAUAAUGAAACAUUACAAAUUUACAGCACGUGAAACAGUUGCUUGGAUUCGUUUAUGUAGACCUGGAUCAAUCAUUGGACAUCAACAGGAGUGGCUUGAAAGUAAACAAGAACAAAUGUGGCGUGCAGGUGAAGAGCAUCGCAGAACGAAACGUUUAGAAGGUCCCAUAAAACAUACAGUUGGUAUAUACAGUUUCAACAACAAAACACCCGAAGAAUUUAGACAGGUCUCUUUGAGUGAUAAUGUAUCAGGAAUUUCGAAGAAGGUAGACACAAUGAAGUUGAACGAUCGAGAAGAAAAUGUCGCAGAAACAGAAGAAAAUGGAGAGGGUUUAACUCAAGGAGACAGACUUAACAGGAUUAAGGCUCAGAGAAGACAAACGCGCUCUUUUGCGACUGUUUUGAAUAAUGAUCGUAAGUUAUUCCAGUCUCGUGUGGUUACAAUCUUAGAACCUUCCUCAGUAUUAAAAGCUGGUAAAAUUUUAAACUCCAGAGUAAAAGCCCCAACGACAUCUGGGACAAAAGUUGUUGCUAAGAGAACAACAGUGACAAACGAAGCACAAAUGGAGGCUGUGUCGUGCAGACGUAUGAGCCAGCGUAAAGUGACCAUCGUUUCAUCUCCACAUAUCAACGGUAACACGUCUGAGCUAAUAAAAUCUAAUAACACAAAAAGUGCAACUAAAAAAGGCAAAAAUCCAGACUGGAAUGUUGCCGCCAAUAAUACUAACUUCACCGCUUCAAAUAGUAAUACAAGCGAAAGUAACACUGAUAAAAAGACCGAAAUAAGAGUUAUUAAACGAGGUAAAAGGUCGUUGAAUCUUGAGAAAGACAAAAUUAGCCCUAGAUCCGUCAAAGUUCUUAGGAGAUCGCAUCCUUUGAAUGCCAACGAGUCAAAAAUUAAAAUUACCGUACAAUUUGUUAGCAAAACUAGUAAAACACCGUAACUGUUCUUUUUUCAUUUCUUCAUUCUAUACAAUCAUUUUAUUUAUAUACGUGAAUAGUUUAGGGCAAACCGAUUAAAAUUAUUAAUAAAUUUCACUGUGUCAGUUUCUUGUGAAUCAUUUUUUAAAUAGGCAUAAAGAAAAAAUACUUUAUAAUGUUUCAGAAAAGUUUUAGUAGCACUCUUCACAUCUGUUGAGUGACCUAAUCAGUCGAAAUAGUUGGAGAGUUUGGUGUUAAAAGUUUUCUGUAGCAUUAUAAGGAAUUUUAUCUUUAUCAUCAUUAAUGUUUAAUCAGUUGUUAUCAAAGGUAAAUGAAAUGCAUUUUUUCUUAAAAAAUUCCAUAAAAUAGUGAAAAGGUCGAUAUUUAUUUAUACUACUUCCUACCUUGAAAUAUUUUGUGAAACAAGUAUUGUAAGUAAGAGUACUUACUUGACAUUUUUGUAAAAUUAUUAAAAACCACUUAUGUUUGUGAGGAAAUAUAUUAUAUUUCGUAUUUACGUUUUAUCUACAUAAGGCAUUUGUAUUUAUAGAAAUUAUUGGCAAGAACCCAUGUAUUUUGGUUUUUCAUUUUUAAAUGUUUGUUAUCAAUCAAGGGAUGUUUUGUUAAAAAUGUUAAAUAUUUCAAUAAUCCUAGUUAAUGAAAUUUUUUAAUCCAUAAUGUGUACUGUGAACCAAAUAUAAACAAAUCUUUUUUGUAUGAAUAUUUUAUAAAACAUAUUUUACAGUAUUUUUAACGUAUUUUAUAGUCAUCUUGACAAUGUUUUGAAUAUUUUGUUUUAUUUUACAAAAAAGUGCUUAAUUUCAGCAGUAUGGUUCACAUUACAAAGUUAUUACUAUUCAUAAAUAUCUUUUUGUUCUGUAGUACUGUUCUUUAUAAUUUCCAUUUUUUGAAUUUUGUUUGUAAAUUAUAAAAUUGAUCAGCAGUACAUUUGUUGUCUUUUAGUUUUAUUGAUGUACACUGCAAAUACAAAUUAGAUAUACGUGUU